CGCGGGAUGAGGAGGAGGUGGAAUGCUGUGGCUGAAUCCUUCAGCAUUGUAGCCAACUCCAGUCUCGACCAUCUCCUGAUAAUAGCCUGCAUGCUAUGUCUGCAUAUACGUGAUGUCUGUAACACGAGAGGAGGAUGCCCGUCAGUCGGCCUGCAUUUGUUACCUUCACUUUGACUUACUUAUCUACCUCGUCGUCCAUCGCUCGUAUUUUCACCGUGACACGAACCUCCGAACUUGGUCCGCUCGGUGGUAAUGGAUUCUCAAGAUCCUCAAGUAGAGCCUGCUGCUGACAGUAACAAUCGUGUUCCUACAACCAACGACACGAAUGGAGAGCCGAAGAGUCGAAAGCUCCGUCAGACGUGCGAGGCUUGUCGAGAAGCCAAAAUUAAAUGCGAUAAAGGCAGUCCUCGCUGUCGCCGCUGCGAAAGACUCUCCUUCAAGUGUGUGUACAGUCCUGCGAGGCACUUUGGCCGACCGCGUCCGAGUUCUCAACGGACGGACGAGAACAUCGGCUCGGGCAGCGGGACGGGUGACGCUCGUGGCGCCGAUCAUGGCUCUCGGAUCGUGACGAACGAGAACAACUCGGCAUCUACAGUGACAACAGCGGCUGGAUCGACGGCACCCCAAACGCCAUCUUUCUCCACUCGGCCUGCUCUCCAUCGAAAUAGCUCUUCUCUUGCAACCUUCCAAUCCAACCGGCCUCGAUCAGACUCGUAUCCUGCCGCCCACAAUGGUCAACCUGGCGCUACCAAUGGGAUCGACUCUGAAAACGGAAACAAUAACUGCAGCGAUCAGAUUAACGACAUCGUCCAUGGCGGUCAUCCGACUCCCAACAAGAAUAACAACAACGUCAACGGCAGGGUCGACGACUUUGCGCAGAAUGCCUCAUCCGAUUGCUCUUGGAUUGCAGAUAUAGACAUAAUGUCAUCUCUCGACAAGUUCCCUCACAAUCCGUACGAGUACGAUUGUGCGACGGUAGCUGUUGCAACCAUCCGCGAAUUGUCCGAGUGGAGGCCGACCACCAACAUUCCGGCAUCAGCCGCCGAUAACACCCAUCCGGGAUCCGCCAACGCCGUCACAGCAGCGCACAUGCUCGCCGAGCAGAUCCCGCACGCCAGCCGCCAGGCGGCCCGGAUCCUUGUCUGUGCCUGCGCCGCCGACACGGACACGGCUCUGCUCGUGGCGUCUCUGGUCACGGCAAUCCUUGAAGGCGCAGGCGCCGCACUGCGCGCCCUCGAUGGUGGGGAACAGCAGGCCCUUCUUGUGUUCGGAACUUUGCCAUGUCUUUCUCGCGUCGUUACUCUGUUUGGCCAUCGAUACAGCGUGACGCAGACUCGGCGGCCCCCGCAGGCGCUUCUGCUGCUGGCUGCGUCGUUAAAGACGACUCUCAAGACUCUGGCUGGGGAGAUGACGGAUCGUUUCCUUGACGGUACCAGUGAUCCUUCACUUGCGUACAUGGCGCAUAUGUUGUAGAGAUAGUCAUUGGUUUCCAUAGGGCAAAAUUGAAAUCGAAUUCAUUCAUGAGACAUUUGAGCGAGACUCGAAUUCGAAGAUGUUGUCAUAAGAUUCCUAGCUAACGCAGACAAACAAUUAUGAGAAAGACAAUCGAAAACUGUAAGCAAUGAAGCAC